AUGAAGGUGUGUACGUUAGACGCAGCGUUGCAGGGGUGCAAACGGCCGAGGCACUUCAAACAGAUUCUCUCACAAACGAUCAUCACCGGCCUCAUCAGCGACCCCUACGCCGCAAGCAGACUCAUAAACUUCUCCUCUCAUUCCACUCUCGUUCCCUUCCACUAUUCCCUCCGAAUCUUCAACCAUCUCCAGAAUCCUAACGUCUUCACAUGGAACACCAUCAUGCGCGCUCACUUCGAAUUCCAAAACAACCCCCACCAAGCACUCUCACUUUACAAGCUCUUCCUUGCAAAGCACGCAAGACCCGAUAACUACACUUACCCGAUUCUCCUUCAAUGCUGCGCUACCCGGGUGUCCGAAUUCGAGGGAAGGGAGCUGCACGCACAUGUCAUGAGGUUUGGUUUUGAUCAAGAUGCGUACGUCCGGAACACGUUGAUCAACUUGUAUGCAGUGUGUGGGAGCAUGCCCAGUGCGCGCCAGGUGUUUGAGGAAAGUCCUGUAAUGGAUUUGGUCUCUUGGAAUACUGUUUUGGCCGGGUAUGUUCAAGCGGGCGAUGUGGAAGAGGCGGAACGUUUGUAUAGGGGAAUGCCGGAGAGGAACACCAUUGCUUCAAAUUCCAUGAUUGUGCUCUUUGGAAGGAAGGGGUGUGUGGAGAAGGCGCGGCGGAUUUUUGAUGAGGUUCGAGGGAGGGAUAUGGACAUGGUUUCGUGGAGUGCGAUGGUUUCUUGUUAUGAGCAGAAUGAUAUGUGUGAGGAGGCGUUGGUUUUGUUUGUGGAGAUGAAGGCGAGUGGGGUGGCGGUGGACGAGGUGGUUGUGGUUAGUGUUCUGUCGGCGUGUUCGCGAAUGUUGAAUGCUGAGAUGGGGAGGUCGGUGCAUUGUUUGGCGGCGAAAGUUGGGGUUGAGGAUUAUGUUAGUCUUAAGAAUGCAUUGAUACAUUUGUACUCUACUUGUGGGGAGAUACUGGAUGCGCAAAGAAUUUUUGAUGGUGGUGGUGUUCUCUUGGAUCUGAUAUCUUGGAACUCGAUGAUUUCUGGGUACUUGAGGUGUGGUUCAAUCGAAGAUGCUGAGAAGUUGUUUUAUUCCAUGCCGGAGAAGGACGUUGUGUCUUGGAGUGCCAUGAUAUCGGGUUAUGCUCAACAUGAAUAUUUCUCGGAGGCUUUGGCAUUGUUCCAAGAAAUGCAGCUUCAUGGAGUUAGGCCAGACGAAACUGCUUUAGUCAGCGCCAUCUCGGCUUGCACCCAUCUAGCUGCUUUGGACUUGGGAAAAUGGAUUCAUGCUUACAUAAGUAAAAAUAAAUUACAGGUUAAUAUUAUUCUGAGCACGACGCUUAUAAACAUGUAUGUGAAAUGCGGUUGUGUAGAAAAUGCAUUGGAGAUUUUCUAUGCGAUGGAGGAAAAGGGGGUUUCUACCUGGAAUGCAAUCAUUCUUGGGUUGGCAAUGAAUGGUUUGGUGGAAGAGUCACUAAGCAUGUUUGCAGAUAUGAAAAAAACUAGAACACUUCCUAAUGAGAUAACAUUUAUGGGAGUUCUUGGGGCCUGUCGGCACAUGGGCCUAGUGGAUGAGGGGCGUCACUACUUUAGUUCCAUGAUCCAAGAGCACAAAAUAGAGCCUAAUAUUAAGCAUUAUGGAUGCAUGGUUGAUCUUUUAGGACGUGCAGGUUUGCUUAAAGAAGCGGAGGAACUGAUUGAGAGUAUGCCAAUGGCACCUGAUGUUGCCACUUGGGGUGCUUUGCUCGGAGCUUGUAAAAAACACCAUGACAAUGAAAUGGGGGAGAGGGUGGGCAGGAAACUUAUUGAGCUUCAGCCUGAUCAUGAUGGUUUCCAUGUAUUAUUGUCAAAUAUAUAUGCUUCAAAAGGAAAUUGGGACAAUGUUCUAGAAAUUAGAGAAAUUAUGGCACAACAUGGGGUGGUAAAGACACCCGGUUGUAGCAUGAUUGAAGCAAAUGGGAUAGUUCAUGAAUUUUUGGCUGGAGAUAAGACACACCCACAAAUAAGUGAUAUUGAGCACACGUUAGAUGUAGUGGCUGCAAAAUUAAAGAUUGAGGGCUAUGUACCAACCACAAGUGAGGUUUCACUAGACAUAGAUGAUGAAGAGAAGGAAACUGCACUUUUCAGGCACAGUGAGAAACUUGCAGUUGCCUUUGGACUUGUCACUAUUGCCCCACCAACUCCAAUCAGAGUUAUGAAGAACUUGCGAAUAUGUAAUGAUUGCCACACUGUUGUAAAGUUAAUCUCUAAAGCUUUUGAUCGUGAAAUUGUGGUGAGGGAUCGUCAUCGCUUUCAUCACUUUAAGAAUGGAGCUUGUUCCUGCAUGGAUUUUUGGUAA